CAGCAGCAAGCCAGAAGCUUGACUGGGCUCUUCAGUUUAGCUAUGUGAUUCAAGACCAAAUAUCAAGACCUGGAAGGUAGCACAAGUAACAGAGGUCAUGAGCAGAAGAAUACAGAAGAGGAUUGGGAAGUGCAACGUGGAGAUAGAACACUUACAGAGACUCGGCUGCAGCAUUCCAUGCACAUAAAAAUCAACAGGAUCUUUCAACUGUGGAGGCAAAGACAAAGUAUCCUUUGCAGAUCACAGCUGGACACAUGGAACAAAAUAAACAGCUACUCCAUCUUGAACUCCACUAUAAGUCCCCAUAGGGAAAGAAGCAUGGAUUGGGACUCGCAACUCAGCUCUAUACUGACUGAAGCAGACAGCAACAUGGCCAAAAUUAAGGAGCGUCUGAACACAGUCAGCAUUGCUUCCAAAGCUGAUUUAUUAUUGGACAGAAUACAUACUGAAGGUGCUGUUCUUGCUGAGCAACAAACUGGACCUGCACCCCUGAAUAUCCCAUGUGGCGCUCACCCAUGCUGUAGAAUGGCUACUGAGGAGCUUUCAGCCAUUAGCAAGCAGUUGCAUUCACAAGCUCAGGUUAUAGAGUCUCUCACCCAGUCAGUACAGCGGCUGAAACAGGAGAAGGAAGUACAGCAGCAAAGUAUCAACCUCCUAGAAGAAGAAGUAAAUCGGCUGCAGCAGAGUUCGCAAGGUGCCUUGGAAGCAGUGCUAGGACGCAGGAUGGAAGGGUUGAAGAGUGAGCUCCGCAGCCUUCGGCAACAUGUCUUUCAGCAGUCCAAUGGCGACUGCCCUCCUGACCUCUUUUCCAGCCCAGGCAUCAUGCAAGAAAUGCUGGAAAGCAAAAAAGUUCUGUGGCAAGAGUAUGAGUACAUCAGAAGAGAGGUUGAGCAAUUGAAACACAGACUUGAUCAACAAGGAGAAGAUCUGUUCAACCAAGUGUCUGCAACGCAUGAGAUUAAGAAGACCCAAACUCGCUAUUGUAAGUUGCUAGAAGACCUGAUGAACACUUAUGAAGCUCAAACUCGUGAUUUGGAGAAAGCCAGGAUCGACACCCAGAGCACUCAGCAGGACCUGAAUCAUGUCAAAUCUGCUAUAUCCAACCUAAAAGAGCAGAUGAAUAUUCUUCACUUGGAGGACAAGCUAUACCCAGGGCCACUCAAGGAGGAAAGCAUAUGUCCGAAAAAAAAGAAGGAAUUGUUGUCUGAAGACGCCUUGUUCUCUCUGAGUGAUGAUUCUGUUUCUGAGUUCAGCCUCACAGAUGUCAGCUCAGAUGAACUCUUCAGUGAACCAGAGGUUGAACAGUUUGCUGAUGACAAAAUUUCCAUGCCAAACUUGGAGUUGGAGGAGAAUACACCUGGUGGAGCAGCUGGUGGCAUGCAGGAGAAAGCAGAGCUUGGCAGUGAUCAUUCCUCCAGUUUGCCUGACCUCAGCUUAAGCGACCUUUAAAGCUUCACCUGAGGACUGCCUCAUUCUUUCUAACGAGGAAACAAAUUAAAGAGAACAGAAAUGUAUAGACUGUUUUUCUACAUGCAGGCAGCUUUUUUGUACAGAUGUGACAUGAGGUAGGAACCCUGGUGUGUGUGUGUGAAGACAAUACAUCAAAGAGUAUGAUAUGCAGGCUGAGACUUUGCCUCUGUUCUUCAGGAAUCUCCAGCAUCCCUUUCUGGAAGGGAACUGGGGCCUUGUUAGUCCUGCUGCGUGUGGAGCAGAGAUGCUUUGUUUCUCUUCAUGAACUGGUCAUUCCCAAUUUUCAUAAGUGUAAAAAUAGUUUAUAGCCAAAUGUUAAAGCUGAGCACAUUCUGGAAAUUAAUCCAUUUUAAAUAGAAAAUCAUCUGUUUCCUUGUGCAUAUCCACACAAGAGCAUCUGGCUCUCCUAGUUCAGCACUUCUAAAGUAGAACCAGACACGAAGGAAGCAGUCCUCUGAGGAGCGGGGUGGUGGUGCGUAUGCCAAAUUAACACUUCCUGAGAUGAUAGCUGAGCUGACAUAUGUGGCAAGCAUUGUCUUUGGGGACAGGAAAGGAUGUUUCCUCUAUUUUCAUGCCCAUUUUGUUCCAGUGUCCAAAUUGGAGUGAACUAGGCUUUUCAGAACCAUAUCUGCUUGCUUGCAUGCUAGUACAGUCUGUGGGUUCUUGUACAGUAUUUGGUAGAGAACGAAGCAGGAAAGAGGUCAGUGCAACAAUAGAUCAGGGUCCAUUUAGUCCAACUUUUCAGUGAAUUUCAGAAAUAGGCCUUAAUUGUUCUUGCCAGGCAAGUGUACAACUAGUUUUCAUAAAUCUGAUAUAGAUAACAUUUCAUACUGUACUGGAUGUUCACAUACAAUAAGGCCCAUCAAGAAGCAGCAAGCCAAGAUGGCCAAUGAGUACAGAGGUAAACUACACAGUAUAGUUAAUGUUUAUAUAUUGGAGUCCUGUUGGACUGCAGGUUUGAGGAGAAGGUUGUUCACUUAUGGCCUGCUUAACUCUUAAUUAGUUUUGCUUAUGUUAAAAAUGUUCCCAAGCUCCUUUCCUCCACUUAUAUAUAGUUCUAGAUGCAGCAGAUCUGUUCCUGGAACUUCAUGGAGAGCAAUGCUGAGUGCAAAAACUGAUGAUGCAUGGUGGAGGGGCAAGUAAGUCAGUGGUAGCCUGCCUCCCACUGUGUUUCUCAAUAGUGCAGCUUCCCUUGCUUAAAAAGUCAGCACUCCAUUGCCUGCAUUUUUGCAGUCUUGUCCCAUAGGCUUGUUCAUGUUGAGUGAAUUACCUGCAAACUUUUAGUCCCGUUUUUGAAAUAAUAGCUUGCAGCAGAAAGCAUCUUUCUCCCCAGUACCUCAGUGGACUGUUGGCUUGUUCAUCUCUUAUGCCUCUGGAUAGUGUUUUAGAGUAAUAGGGAAAAGCACAGGUGGAUACAUUUAUUGGCGUGGAUGCAGUUCUAUCUGCUGAUCCAGAAUUCUUGAAAGUCUCGUGAUGCAGAAUUUAAUGGUAGGGCUUUAUAAGCAACACAUUGUAAACCCUCUUCCUGAUUUAUUUCCUCUGUAGCACCUUGGUUGGGCCUGCAAGAUUGUCUUGACCUUUGAUUCCAGCUAUUGUGAUUCUUUCUCCCCAAUUUCCCCUACCCCCCUUUACAGUUUUAUGUUGACAGGUGGGUACCUCAUGUUUUGUGUGUCACUACUGAGCAGCAUGUCCAAUUUCAGGGUAAAACUACUUCAGAAACAAAAGGGAUUAAAGACAGAGGGAUAAUGGAGGAAAUUAGCCCACAAGGGAUUAAAUCAACAGAUGCUCCAUUAUAGUUCAAAGAAUGCAAGCCAACAGUGGUUGCUCUUAGAGCUUAAUUUUGGAUUGCUUAUCACACACUACCUUGUUUUCAGAGGUGGGGAAAUACAGCCUGCAAAGUUUUCAUUCAUGACCUCUGGACAGAACAAUAAAAGUACCUUGUUGUAGUUAUGAGGUAAAUCCUGUGUGCAUUUGCCAACAAAUAUGACUUUAAUAUACAGUAUUGCUGGGUUUUAAAGCAGAAGGUCAUGGUUUUGCUGGAAUUUUGAUAAAUGGGAUGGGGUUGAGAAAUAAAAAUAAAAUAAAAUUCAUUGUGUUACUUGAA